GCGAUGAAUAGUUCUGCCUGUUGCUGCCGCCGGUUUGUAUGUUUGAUUGUUUACAGUUUCGCAGCGAAUGUCAGAUUUUGUUUGUACGAAGCAUCAUCAAGUGGGAAUCUAGUGUAAUGGAUAUAUUUGAGAAUAUUUGCCGCACUUGCGGUAACGACUGCUUGGAGGCCAUGCACAUAUUCUUGGACAGUGUUUUGGUGCUGGAAAAGCAAGUGCCGAUUUCGGAAAUUAUAUUAAAAUGUUUGCCAGCGUCUGCGUCGCUGCCGCCACUGAACAAUGAUGAUGACUUUCCCAAGCAAAUAUGCCGCGUCUGCAUCAAGAAACUGACAAUGAUCUACGAAUUCAAUACGAAAUGGCUGGCGGCCAACAAUGAGUUCAACGUGGCGCUCAAAUUUGAACAGCGCCGGAAUCGUUCCCGCUCUCAAACGCAGUCGCAGUUUAAUCCGCCCCAGUUGCCAAUGAAAGCCAAGCCGGCUGAUGCGGCCGGUAAUGUUACUGCAGCUGGUCAAAUGGUGGUUAAUGAACCUAGCGACUUCAUUGAAGAUGUGAAUUGUGAAACUGAGGUUAAUUAUCGGUGUGCCUUUUGCCCCGAAGGCUAUUCCACGUUUGCUGCAUACAGGAUGCAUCACAAAGCCAUUCACCGGAAUUGUCAAUUCGUCUGCUAUACGCCAUAGCAUCUGCAUAAACUGAACUGAACUCAUAGACACAUAAUUUAGUUUUGUUGUACUUGGCUAUUUAUAUUGCGAAAAAAAAGAGGAUAAAGAUCGCA